UCUACCUGAACUAAGUACGAAGUUAAGAGUUACCUGUCCCAAUACUCAUCGAAGAACAGACCAUCAGUUUAACAACACUGUUACUUGCAUCAUGGCAUCUGACAUCAUCAUUGAAAUAGCGGAAGCACCGAGGGCUCAUCUGAUUUAUAUGAACGAAGAUGAAGAUGACAGGGAUCUCCAAACACUUAGAAAAGCCCUGGUUCAACAAAAGAUUAGAUAUACGGAUCAAAGCCAUGUGUCUUCUGGUGGCCUGGAAUUGUCAGGCAAUGAGCGCCUGAUGGAAUCUGCUAUUUGGGUUGUCAUAUUUUACUCUGAGAACUUCACAGAAUCUGCUUCAGGGCGUCUAUUGGAAGAUGUAUCCUUGCAUCAUACAGCAGGAAUGAGGAAUAUCAUAUUUAUUGUUCCAGCAUCUUGUUCGGCCAGUUUUCCAGCGGGGCUACGGGGGUUUUCAGUUAUUGACAUCGGGACUGAUAAUGACUGGGUCUGUGACUUUGUAACACAGGUUGAAGAGGAGCCUUUAGCUACCGACGAAGACAUUGAGAAGAAACGGAUCAUAGCUUCCAUUCAGAGAAUUUCAGCAAAUAAUAGAUUUCUUAAUGUCAUGUUCAAAUGUGAUUCUAUCAAGAAACAUGGUAGCCAGAAACCAUGUUUGUGUAUCGUGUCUGCCUUUCUGGUACUGGAAUAUUACUUCUUAGUGACCUAUCUUUUCUGUUGGAUCCAUCGGUGUUUGUUUGACAAUAAGUUAUCCAGUGACUUGUUUAUAAUUUAUGUUUCUGCAAUUGUAAUAAACAUAUUUGCACUGAGGCCUUUCAGGGCAGUAAAGCGAAUUGAUACUUUGAUUGUCACAUCCUACAACUUUUUCAUAAGGCUGGUAUUCAUGUGGUGGUUACUUGUGCAUUGCGGGAACAGAGCUCCUGGCCUUUUGUUUAUUUGGGUUGGAAUGAGUGCAACAAUUUGUAUCCAUUACCCGUAUAUUCUGUACUGUGUAUUCGUAGAUGGUCUUUGGAUUACAAGUUUAGGUGCAAUUUACCGUCUCCUAGUGACACAAUUAAAUUACAUCUUUGUUUGCUAUCUGUUUCUUUUUGACGGUUUCUUCAUAAUUGUGGCAUUGUACGUGGCUCAAACAUCUGUUGCGAUUUUUUUCUGUAUGUUGGUUAUAGUAAUUACUUUCACGCAGUACGAUUAUUUCAGAUUGACAAGACGCAUACGUUCUGAAACUGUAUAUGUGAGGAAAUGUUUUAAGCCCAAUAAAGCAAUAGAUUUAAUGCUCACGGUGCCUGUUUUAGUGUAUAUGGGUUUUGUGCCACUAUAUUCAUUGUAUUUGUCCAACCAAUAGAGCAUCCCAACAUUACAGAAUGGUGGAUGUCGACAGGUCUGCUCCAGUGUGGACGUCAGUUCAAGGAAACGCAUCCCGCGUAAGAGUGUAUCAGACAGUAAGCACUGCUUCACGAUCCCAAGCAUCAUAAGAUAUAAGAUAGUUUACAAAAAGAAACAUACCAAUACCAAAAGAUACUCAUUUACUACUAGCCACUCAAAUCUACCAAAUAUGGUAAUGAUCCGAGACAUGUGGCAGUCAGGAUAUUUUUGCAGUUAUCGAAAACGUUGUGUCUCUUCUAUUUACAAGAAAAGAGAGUUAGAUAAGGUAUGCGUUGAUAGGGAGUGUUGAUUUCAACCUUUAUCCGGACUGUGAAAAUAGAGUAUUAUUCAAUCAUUUUAUAUGUACACGAGCGUGAUGUUUUACAUUGCACUUGAAUUCCGAGAAGUGAUAACAGAAAACUAUAAUUUGCAAUAAUUGUCUUUUGUUAUGAUAACAGUUUGAGUAAAGGUUUUAAUCGUAUUGUGUUGGAAACCUCUCUGUAAGUUAGCUUCAGUCCAAUUUAUUUCAAGACGCUUGCAACUGGUAUUCACCUUUUUCAUAAUUUGAAAUAUGGUUUGUAGUUUUUACGCAUAGUUACUCUGUGUCCGCAUUUGUGCAAAUAAAACAAACUCUAAACGCAUUUUGUCAUUAUGU